AUGAACAGUUACAGAGGAAAUUGGGAAGCCUUUCAUGAACUGGUGGAGAAUGAAGUGAGCAGAAAUGCAGAUGACAACAGUAUAGAGAAAAACAACCUAAUUGAAUACCUUCAGUCUAAAGGACUGAAGAUAAAACAUAGCACCCACCUCCUACUGGAAAGAAUCGAGGAAAUAAAAGACUUCUUGCUCAUAGCCAGGCAAAGGGAUGCUAAAUCUGUCAAGAUCAAGAAAAACAAGGACAAUAUGAAGUUUAAGGUUCGCUGCAGCAGGUACCUGUACACUUUGGUCAUCACAGACAAAGAGAAGGCAGAGAAACUUAAGCAGUCUUUGCCUCCUGGUUUGGCUGUGAAGGAUCUAAAGUGA